CCCACAGUGUGCCUCCAUUACGUGUAAAUUUUGCCGCGCAAACGUAUAUACAUAUGUAUACACUCGUCGGUCAGUCGGUGUAGCAAACAGAUAGUAUAUGCAUAUAUACGUACGUGAUCGUAAAUCGUCAUAAUUAUAUAAUUAUGUAAACAUUUGUGACUGGUAAAAUGGUAGACUCUGAUCGCAGUGAAACUGAGGAAGGGGACAUGGAGAGACCACAACUGUCAUCUGAUUCUGUAACUGCCGUAUUGCCAAAGAAAAGGCUAAGAGUAGAAAAUUCUGAAGAUGAGACAGAUUUACCUGCUAAGAAAUGGCAAAGUUCAUUCAAUGAACGAUCACAAAUGUUAAAAACUGAUAACACUGAAACUAUUUCAAACAAAAAUAAUACUAAUAGGUGUGAUGUGAAAGAGGAAAGAUAUAUAUUGGGUCCAGAAAAUGAACAAAAUAUACAAGAGAUAUCAGAAUCAGACAUGUACGGAAAGAAUAAAGAAGAUGAACAAGAUGAUAGUUUGAAGCAAGAAAGUGAGAACAAGAGUGCUCCAGAGAAUAAUAUUGCUCUGGACAAAAGUCCGGGAGAAAUAAAUAUUAAGGAAGAAAUUGUUGAGAACAUGAAAAAGGACGAUAUAUCCCAAGAUAUCCCUAUUACAAAUACAAGUGUAACAUCUAUUUCUGAAAACAAGAAAGCAGAAGCGGGAGACAAAGAGAUGAAAGAAGAAAUGGACAAAAUGAUAAAUAGAGCAGUAGACAACGAGGAAGAUGAAAUAAAAAAAAAUCGACAUACCGCCAAGAAACAUACUGUGGACACAGAAGUGGUUGAUGGAUUGGAGCUUUCGGUGGAAUGUGCAAGUGAUAAAGAAGAUUCGAGUUCUGCUUCGAGUGAAGAUGAAAAAGAUAGAAAACCACGUCCGAAAACGAUAAUCAUCAAAGCCGAACCAAAUGAGUCGGAACUGGACUGCUCAGAAGGAGAAGAAAAAUCUGAUUCGCAACAAAUUCGCACCGACACAUUGGAGAUUAAAUCGGAAAAGAGCCGGACAAAGAAAAGAGGUUCGCGAACAAGUUUCAGUAAACUGAAGGCUUCUGGCUCAGAGGACAGUCAGAAUAGCAAUUCGGAUGAGGAUUAUAGUCCACGGACGAAGAAAAAAAUGAAAAAGUCUCCGACGACGAAGAGAUUGACAAGCAAACAUCGUUCGGUCGAAUCGAAAAAAGGACGAGGUAGAGGUAUAAGGAGAAAUUCUCACAAAAAUAAUGCCGACGUCGCCACCGACGAUGUACCUGAUGAUGAAGAUGCAUAUACGACUGUAGCAGAGAGCGCUAAUAAAACGAUAAAAACUAAAAAUGGAAUGGAGGAAGAAUUAUCAGAGAAGGAAUCUUGGAGUAAAAGUGAAAGUAACAAUUCAGAAAAGGAGGAAAAGAUAUCUACAAAGGGUAGAAGCAGGAGACGUAGUAACGCUAACCCACAAGAUAAACAAAUACAGACGUUGAAGAAGUAUUUAAACAUCGCUGGCGUGAAAGUAAAAUCUUACAAUGACAUUUGGGCUGAUUGUAAGAGUAACGCUGCAAAAAUUAAGCGUCUAAAGGAAUUGUUAGAGAAAAAUGGCAUUAGCGGUAGGCCAACGUUGGAAAAGUGUAAACGAGCGAGAGAAGAGAAUGAAAAAAUGAGGGAGGUAUCCGAAUUGGAUACAUCAAACAUUAUAUCUGAAGGCCGAAUUACGCGCGCACGAAGAAAUAUGGAAAAUGUUAAAAAGAUAAUACUUCCGGACACACCGCAGCGACAUCGUGAGGCUCGCAAUACGUUUAAGCGUAUUCAAACUGUUGUUGAUAGUGAUUCGGAUUCGGAAUAGAGAACGUAGCAUGGUCGCCGCCACGAAUGUGUUGAAUGAUAUAAAUAUAUUUUAUAAGUAUUAAGCAUCACAGAUGCCGCGAUUGUGUAUCUGUGUGUGCUUGUGUGUGUGUGUGUGUGUGUGUGUGCGCGCUCUCCUGUGUCUAUGUAAAAUGUUUUUUUGUAUUCUCAAAUUUCCAUACAUCAAUUAUCUUUAUUUUUUUACACAAUGUGUCUAGUGUCUAUAAUAAUGUAUCUAUCGAUGAAUUAUAAUGUUCAUGUACAUUUAUAUGUAGAAAUAUCGAAAGAGAAAUUAAUUUUUAUUACAUUGACUAGUUAUUCUUAGUAAAGAUAAAUUGCUGAUGACAUGUACGUGAAGAAAGUAAUUUCGAAAUUUAUGUAACACCAUCUGAUGACAAAUUUCGUUGUGUACGUAAAUAUGAAGGAAAAAAAAAGAAGGAAUAUAUUGGAUUUAUAUCAAA